AUGCCUUUCUCACGCUCGAAGUGCAACCCUUUGAGACUCUUUCGAUCCAAAAGCAAGCAAAAGAAAACGAAUUCGGUCGCUGACCAAGGGUCUACCGCCUCAACCAAUCAUGCUCUGUCCUCGGAUUUGGAGGAGAAAGACACCGAGGAAGGGCCCGGUGCCGGAGAAUCUGACGAUCUGUUAGCAAUCGCUCAUCAAAAGCUACUCCAGGAUAAAGAGACCGGCCCUAUUCUCAAAAAGGCGACCAUAAUUCUCAGUGAAUCCGGCCUGCAUGUUGGAGCCAAUGGAGUCCUCGAUCUCCAACAACUCCACAAAUCUCUCGAUAAGAAGGUCAAUGAACUGCAGGAGAAAGAAUGGGAGAUCUCGAUAGAUGGCCAUUAUAUCAACGUCAAAGAGAAGCUUUAUCGGGCCAUGAAAAAUAUCUUGGUGUUGAAAGAUGUCAUCACCACAGCUGCGUCGGCGUGUCCUCCCGCGGCAAUCGCUUGCGCUGGCGUGACAGUAUCCCUGAUGCUUAUUAUCCGAGCACAUGAUCAGAACGACAGCCUUCUGACAGGGCUCGAAAAGACCUCGGAUUUGCUCCCUCGCCUAUAUCUGACAGAAAGGCUUUACAUGAAACCGAACACGAAUCUUUCAGGAGACUUUGUGAGCAAGUUUAAAGCGGGGCUUGUCUCAUUGUACUCCAAAAUCCUUGAAUUCCAGGCCCGAGCACUAUGCUAUUUGAGCGAAUUCUGGUUGAUUCAACUUUCAAGCAAUAUCCUCAACCAAAACCAAUGGGAUGUUUUGACAAAGAGCAUCUCAGACCAGGAGACUGAAGCUCAGAAAUUCACCAGUCUCAUGGAAGUGGAAGAGAGGAGAGCGGAUAUGGGCGUGCUCAAAGAUACGAUUUCGAGUGACUUUGAAGCAAGGUUCAAGAAAUUCCAAGGAGCGCAAGCCAGUUCGGCUCGAAUUAAACAAGUAAACAAAUUGCUUGAGUCGCUGCACACUUGCCCUUACCGAGAUCGAAAAAACAGAGUCAGUGAUCGUGUUCCGGGUACAUGCGAAUGGUUCACCAGCCAUCCCCUUUUCCAAACCUGGGAUAAGGGUGAUGACUCCCGCCUCUUGUGGCUUUCGGCAGACCCAGGAUGCGGGAAGUCCGUUCUGUCCAAAUUUCUUGUUGACGAAGUACUUCAAAGAUUCCAGAAGAGGACAGUUUGCUACUUUUUCUUUCGAGAUGACUUCCCGGACCAGAAGAGAUCAUCCAUCGCACUUGCCAGUAUCCUCCGGCAGCUCUUUAUCGCUUACCCGCAUCUUCUCUCAGACAAGGUGCUUCAUCAAUUUGCCGCUGGUGGCGAAACCUUACUACAAUCAUUCAUUGAUUUAUGGGAAAUCCUUGUAUCCGCCACAGCAAGUGUUGAAUGCGAUGAAAUUGUUUUCGUGAUAGAUGCACUGGAUGAGUGUGCUGAAGAAGACCGAUAUCAACUUAUUGGAGCGGUCAGAGACCUUUCUUCUAAGUCGAGUAACAACACCUCCGGGUUCAAAUUCUUCUUGACCAGCAGACCCUACGGCAGUAUACAUGAAAGAUUUCGACAACUUGAAGUCGCAGUACCUACAAUACACCUGAAGGGGGAGGCUAAUGCUGAAGUUGAAAAGAUUGCUGGAGAGAUCGCUCUUGUGAUUCAGCAAAGAGCACAUGAGAUCGCCAUCCAAAAGCUGCUUGAGGAGGACGAGGAGAAGUUCUUGCGUGAAAAACUCACUGAAGCCAAAAAUCGAACCUAUCUAUGGGUUGCUUUGACUCUCAACUAUAUCGAGAGUCUUGAUGGGUUCACAAAAGGGAGAGUGCGUGAAACAAUCAACGACAAGAUCCCUCAAACAGUCAAUGAGGCAUACGGUAAGAUCCUGAACAAAAGCAAAGAUCCAGCCAAAGCAAAACGCCUACUCCAUAUCAUUAUGGCUGCAAAGCGACCACUCUCUGUGGAAGAAUUAUCUCUAGCUCUUGCAGUUGAUAAGAAGAUCAAGUCCAGUGAAAGUUUUCGUGAGAACGUGGAGCCUCCACAACGUUUCAGAUCGACUCUGCGAGAUAUGUGCGGGUUAAUUCUUGUUGUCGUCGAUGACAAAGUCUACCCCCUCCAUCAGACUGUUAAGGAGUUUCUUGUCCCGGGGACUUCAGAUAACCUUCCUUCGGAUUCACUGAACUCGGAAUAUCCAAGCAAAUGGAGGAACUCACUUUCCCCGGCCCAAUCAAACAAAGUUCUUGCAGAGACCCUUACCUGGUACCUCGAUUGUGAUUGCACGGAAAUCGGCCUAGACAUUCUCUUGGACUACGCUACAUCCUUUUGGCAUCAUCAUUUCCGUGAUGCUUUUCCUUGUGACGAAAAUGAUAUGUCAACAAUGGGAUGCCGUAUCUGUGCCCCCAACUCCGAGUUCCAGACAAGGUUCUUUGGUGAGAAGGCGGGAUUGGAUUUUCCCCAAAACCCUGACACUCUGAUGGCUGCAUCAUCUCUUGGACUAGAAUCUGUUGUUCGUCAGCUACUGAGCAAUGAGUCCAUUGAGGUAGAUUCCAAAGACUCCAUGGACCGAACUCCACUUUAUUGGGCUGCUUCACAAGGCUACGAUGCAAUUAUAAAGCUACUUCUGGAGACUAAUAAGUUAGACCCGGAUUCAAAAGACUCCAGGGGCCAAACUCCACUUCAUGGGGCUUCUUGGAACGGCUAUGAGUCUACUGCGAAGCUGCUUCUGGAGACCAACAAGGUAGACCCGGAUUCAAAAGACUCCAGGGGCCAAACUCCACUUCUUGGGGCUGCUUGGAACGGCUAUGAGUCUACUGUGAAGCUGCUUCUGGAGACCAACAAGGUAGACCCGGAUCCAAAAGACUCCAGGGGCCGAACUCCAUUUCAUGGGGCUGCUUGGAACGGCCAUACCUCUACUGUGAAGCUGCUUCUGGAGACUGACAAGGUAGACCCGGAUUCAAAAAGCUCCGUAGGCUCAACUCCACUUCAUGGGGCUGCUCGGAACCGCCAUGAGUCUAUUACAAAGCUACUUCUCGAUACCAACAAGGUAGACCCGGAUUUAAAAGACUCCGUAGGCCAAACUCCACUUUAUCGUGCUGCUGAGGAUGGCUACGAUGCGGUCGUGAAGUUGCUUCUGAAUACUGGAAAAGUUGAUAUAGAGGCCCGUGCCUCUGAAUCAGGUCUCACUGCAUAUGAGGUCGCCGAGCAACACGGUCGUCUGUCCACCAUGGCUCUCCUAGAGCGAUAUAUGACAGCUGGCCAAACAGUAAUUUAA